AUGUCAAAUAUUAUCGAAUGCUCUGAUAAUUCUCCUUUAAAGAAAAUAUUAAGAGAUGAUGAGUGGAAAGAAAUUAAUGAAGAACAUUCAUUUCAUAUUGAUGUAGACAUUACUAUCUCUCAUUAUUUGAAUCAGUUAGCUGAUUUUUUAUGUGAUGAUAAUAAUAUCAUUAAUGAUCAUGAAAUGCUCCAUCCAUCUGAUGAUAAUUCACGACACAUCGAACACCGAAUUCGCCAAAAUAUUGUUAGAUGGAUGUGCAAUUACAAACCUACUCCUUCAAGUAGCCCAAAAGACAAUUCAAGUAGCACGUCAUCAGAACAUGUAGAAGAAAUCUUAUCUUCAUUCAUAGAAGAAAACGUUGAGGAACUAUCAGAUUCAGAAAAUGGUUGGGACACGCCUGAAAAUUCUGACUACGAACUAGAGUAA